CGGGGAGGAUCCAUUCACUACUGUGUCAAGCCGUCUGACGCUCUGCUCCCAUUGAGGAAUACUGAACGGUAUAACUGGAUAGUUUUUACGUGUCGCUUUUGAUUUUACAUCUCGUUGGAGACCACCGGAGAGAGGAUUUUUCCAACUACUGCUCAGACUGCAUUUCCACUCCUGAGACAACAACCCCAUUUAUGCUAAAGUGCCAUCAACUUUGUGGCAUUGCCAUGUGGAAGGUAACUUAAUCUUCCAUCACUAACUUGUCCCAUGUCUGAGGAUAGUGAUCCAAAGCAGUACCUGUACUCAACCCUGGACGGGCGUGAACGGAACCGGGAAAGGGCAGGCUUGCACGUGGAGGAAGCGCAGGGCACUCCCUGCAGCUCCAUUAGCCAGCUUCACCGCAUGGCCAGCUACAGGGAGGGUUGUGGCGGGCAAGAUGGGGUCGAACUCGAACCAGAGUUAGGAUUGGCCUCCGAGGGGAGCGAUAGCAGCCACGAGCACCCGGGGUCCCCGCAUGAUGACAGGAAGAGACCGCGCCCACCUUUGCACGAGGAUGUGGAGAUGGGUGGCAGUGGUUCGAGCGGGAGCGGGACAGAAUCCCAUGGCAACGAGUCACAUGGCAAUGAGUCCCACGGCAACGAGUCGGUGGGCAGCUCAAACGGCAAUGGCAAGGAUUCCGCUCUCAUGGAGUCCUCGGGGAGCAACAAGAGCUCAAACUCUCAUAGCCCCUCCCCGCCAAGCAGCUCCAAUGCUUUCAGUCUGGUGAGCUCCGAGCAGGACAACCCAUCAACCAGUGGCUGCAGCAGUGAACAGUCAGCCAAAGCUAAGACACAGAAGGAGCUCUUCAAGACGCUCAAGGAGCUGAAGAUGCACUUGCCGUCAGAAAAAAGGAGCAAGGGCAAGUCGAGCACUGUCAACACUCUCAAGUAUGCACUGCGCUGUGUCAAACAGGUGAAAGCCAAUGAGGAGUACUACCAGAUGCUGAUGAUUAACGACAGUCAGCCACCAGGGUUUGAUGUAACAUCUUACACCAUUGAGGAAAUCAACAGCAUCACCUCGGAAUACACCCUUAAAAACACCGAUAUAUUCGCUGUAGCAGUGUCUCUCAUCACGGGGAAGAUUGUUUACAUCUCUGACCAGGCAGCAUCCAUCUUGAACUGCAAGCGGGAAGUGUUCGACAACGCCAAGUUUGUGGAGUUCUUGACUCCUCAGGAUGUCAGCGUGUUCUACAGCUUCACCACACCAUACCGCCUGCCCUCAUGGAGCAUGUGCACAGGAGCAGAGUCAUCUCCCACGGAGUGCAUGCAGGAGAAAUCCUUCUUUUGCCGCAUCAGUGGUGGCAAGGACCGCAAAGGAGACCUCCAAUACUAUCCUUUCCGGAUGACUCCGUACCUGAUGAAGGUCCAGGACGCUGAGCUGGCUGAGGAGCAGUUCUGCUGCCUCCUGCUGGCUGAGAGGGUGCACUCUGGAUAUGAAGCUCCCAGAAUACCUCCUGACAAGCGUAUCUUCACUACAACACACACCCCUAACUGUGUGUUCCAGGAUGUGGAUGAGAGGGCUGUGCCUUUAUUGGGGUACCUCCCUCAGGACCUGAUAGGGACCCCCGUGCUGCUCAACCUACACCCGAGUGACCGACCCUUGAUGCUGGCAAUACAUCGCAAAAUUCUGCAGUACGCUGGUCAGCCGUUCGAUCAUUCGUCAAUACGUUUCUGUGCAAGAAACGGUGAGUACAUCACAAUCGACACCAGCUGGUCCAGCUUUGUCAAUCCCUGGAGCCGCAAGGUGUCCUUCGUCAUUGGCAGGCACAAAGUGCGCAUGGGUCCUGUGAACGAAGAUGUUUUCGCAGCACCGGCUUUCCAUGGAGGGAAGAUCAUAGAUUCAGACAUCCAGGAAAUCAGUGAACAGAUUCACCGGCUGCUGCUUCAACCGGUCCACAAUAUGGGCUCCAGUGGUUAUGGUAGCCAUGGCAGCAAUGGAUCCCAUGAGCAGCUGGUGAGCAUCAGCUCAUCCAGUGAAAGCAAUGGGAACAUUACAGCAGGGAACACAGCAGAGGACACAGGCAAGACCAAGCCCGCCAGGACUUUCCAGGAGGUCUGUAAAGAUGUCCACAUGCUCAGGAAUCAGGACCCUCAGAUCGGUCUGCAUUCCCCAUCUCCCGCGCCGUCACCUUCUCUCCCCAAACAUGAGCAGAAGAAGACCCAUGAGACAUUGGCAGCUCAAAGAUAUUCAACUGUGCGUCCAAAAGACUCAGUGCCCCCUCUGCAGGCCAGAGACAGUACUGCAGCCAGCAUGGAGGGCUUCACCUACAAAGACCAGACUGUGUGCUCCUACCAGCAGAUUAGCUGCCUGGAUAGUGUCAUCAGGUAUCUGGAGAGUUGUAAUAUACCCAUCACAGUGAAAAGAAAAUACCAGUUCUCCUCAAACACCACCUCCUCCAACUCAGAUGAUGACAAGAAAGGCUCAGAGGAUGGCAUGCAAGUGCCUCAGAAUACAAAUGCAGAUCCCUUGAUGUUGGAUUCUCAGUCAGGCCUGUCAAACAUGAAAGCACUAAAGAAGCCUCCAUCUGGGGCAGCUGCUGUGGUGGGAGGCCCCCUGGCACCCCUCACUCUGCCCAGUAAGGCGGAGAGUGUGGUGUCCAUCACUUCUCAGUGCAGCUAUAGCAGCACCAUCGUACAUGUGGGGGACAAGAAGCCUCAGCCAGAGUCUGAGAUAAUUGAGGAUGUUGCAGAGAGCCCAGCACCCCCUGCGCUGCCUGUCAGUAUGGUGUCUCCACCCAGCCAAGGAAAGGAGACCUACAAGAGGCUGGGCCUGACCAAGCAGGUGCUGGCAGCACAUACCCAGAAAGAGGAGCAGGCCUUCCUCAACCGAUGCAGAGAGCUCCGUAAUUCCAGGAGCUUCCAGAGGGACUGUUCCACAUACCUGUACAAGCACAGAGGUCCACCCAGUGUUGAAGAAUCACCUGGACCACGAAGCACUGCUAAACAAGGCACCGUUAGGCCAGAAACUACUGCCAAGAAGGGUAACCGCAACAGGAAGUCCAAGAAGCCACGGAUGAAGCAUCCCGAUUCAUCAGACAGCGCUGUGUCAAACCGUAAACCACGCCCCCCUCUCCAGGGCCUCAACCAGACCUCUUGGUCCCCAUCAGAAGCAUCGCAGUCAGCUUUUAAUGUGUCCUACCCCACCAUGGUCCCUGCAUAUCCGCUCUACCCACCAACACCUGCUGCUCCAGCUCAGGCUCCCCGACCGGACCCCUCUCUCUCUACAGGAUUUGGAGAAGGGCAGAGCACCCAAGCCCCACCCACUGCCACUCCGUUUCCUGCACCCAUUGUUACACCUGUGGUAGCUCUGGUGCUACCCAAUUACAUCUUCCCCCAAAUAGGACAAAUAGGAGCUGCUCCGAGACCACCAUUUUUCCCUGAGCAGGCCCAGCCACAGCCUGCAUUCGCUACCCAGCAGCCCUUUCAGCCCCCUCAGCCAGCCUACACCAUACAGACGCAACCCCCCUUCACCAGCCAACAGCCAUUUCCUGUGCAGACUGGCUUCACCCCCCAGCAGCCAUUCCAAGCUGCCCAGACCCCUUAUACUACCCAGCAGCCUUUCCAGGCUGCUCAGUCCGCAUUCGCUACUCAGCAGCCGUUCACCGCCCAGCCGUCUUUCCCAAUGCAGGCCCAGUUUGUAGCUCAAGCCCCCUUUCCACCUCAACCUUUCCCCUACAGUCUCUCCAGCGAGCCUCCCAAAACCCCUGCAGCAGAGCCUCGUGAGGGUGCGGCGUCCCGAUCUUCCACCCCUGCUUCUGGGGCGAGAGAGCCCGCCACAUCACCGCCGCUGUUUGAGUCCCGCUGCAGCUCGCCCCUGCAGCUCAAUCUGCUGAGCAUGGAGGAGGGGCAGCGCUCAGUGGAGCGUCAGGACACUACAGUAGCCUCUGCUGGAGGACAGGGCGGCAGUGCGGCAACAGCAUCUAUAGGAGUGGGAACAACAGGGGAUAAGAACGGAGGCGCCUCCAAGCCUGAUAGCCAACAGCAGGUGGAGUCUCCAGGAGACGGGGCUCACAGUGACGGGAACUCAUCAUCCUGCGACCUGCUGGACAUCUUGCUGCAGGAACAGGAAGACUCUCACUCUGGUACCGGAUCAGCCACGUCUGGAUCCAUGGGCUCAGGGUCAGGCUCUGGACUGGGCUCGGGAUUAGGCUCAGGCUGCAUUGGCUGUGGUACCUCAGCUAGCGGCGGUUCUGGCAGCAGAACAGGGAGCAGCAACACCAGCAAAUACUUUGGCAGUGUCGACUCUAUUGAGCACGACCCCAAGUCUAAAAACAAGAUGAGGGGAGAGGGCGGGUCUGAAGGCGGCAAGCCGCAGGACAAAGUCUCAUCUCGAGGGGAGGGAGAGCAUUUCAUCAAGUAUGUCCUACAGGAGCCCCUCUGGCUGCUGAUGGCCAACGUUGAUGACAAGGUCAUGAUGACAUAUCAAAUGCCAUCCAGAGAUAUUCAAAGGGUUUUGAGGGAAGACAAGGAGAGGCUGAGGCAGAUGCAGAAGAGCCAGCCUCACUUCACAUCAGACCAGCGACGAGAGCUAGUGGAGGAACACCCCUGGAUGAGGAGGGGAGGCCUGCCUGCUGCCAUCAACGUUAAGGAGUGUGUGUACUGCGAGGAUGCGGCAGCGGCACCCAUCGAAGAGGAUCUGCCUGACAUGGACAUGAGCGAGCUGGGCGAGGAGCUGAGCAGAGACAGUCAGAACACCCAGAGCCAGUCUGGGGAGCCUCAGCCUCAAAUGGAAUCAGGCUCCUAAACAGCCAGCAGAGGGCAUGUGCAUAAAUAGACACUAUGGAUGUGACAAACAGCUGUGUGCCUGACCAUCCUGAAGAACACAUACAUGCACACUACAAGCAGAACUCUGUGUUGUGAGUGUGAUGGUUAGGAGGGUGUACACUGCUUGUGUGUGGGUGUAGGACUGCUACUGUGGUCCAGUUCCUAAUGCACCCCAACAGGGGGCAGUAGUGCUGUUACAGCAAGUCACUUUUUCCAUCUCUCACACACACAUUCUUUGAAAAGACCUGUCUCUAUUUUUUUUAUUUAUUUCUCUUUUAAAGGCAGAGCACAUUAUAAAUCUAAAGCUAAUGACUGAGAGAUACUACUUUUAAAUAUGUAAGAUUUUGAAAUGUUUUUUAUUAUUAUUCUAAGUGUCAAGCUGUCAGAAGCAGCCAGGCUUUGCUGUUAGAAGUUUCUCCUGCCCAAUUUUGUUUGUUUAUUCCUGACUCCCCACAUGAUCCCAUUUAAUAACAAAAACGGAAAAACGACAAAAAAAACCCAAAAAACCUCACAGCCCCGGGAUCCACAUUUUCUUGUUAGGAAUAGCUGAAUAGUAGAAUAAUGGGGAUUCUCAUUGGAUGAUGAAGGUCAGUGGGUAGGGAUUGGCACUUUUUGUAUUUUGAAUGAGUUUUUAUGUCACUGCUCGUCCUGGACCUGAGUAGUCAAAGUACGCAGGCGCAGCAGUGUUAGCACCAGACAACAGCCAGCAGAGUGACAUGCGGAGGCUGGCCGGAACUUUCCUCAACUCUGACAAUCUUAUGCCUAAUGAUAAAAGCUAUCCGUUUAUGGGUGUUAUUUAUUAUCUAGCAAAGGAUCUGGCCAGAAUAUUUUUAAGCCGAAUCUGUUCAUCUGAAAGACUAAUGUAUUGCAUUUCUAAAAGCUUGGAAACGCUACAGGAAUUUUAAAGUCGCUUAAGCAGCAGAGCUAGCCUCUCCUUUUUUCACAGCACAGUCUGUAAGUGUUGCAGGCCUCUGCAGACCUUACAGAGCAGCUCAGGUGCUAUAACAAAAAGUGGGCAUCAUCAAAGAUCAAGAAGCUGCCAAAGUAUUUUUGUAAAACGAAGCAAAUGACAGAGGAGCGAUGCACUAAGAGCGAGGACUUGUAGAAACUUCAAACUCCAACUCUCCUUUUUUGUUUCUUUUUAAAGAGAAACUUGCAGCCGUACAUUUUCUAGAAAGAUGAGUAAUAUCUUUUCUGUCAGUGUGGUGCAGCUCCACUACAUAAUUUCACUUUUGGAACAAAUAACUACAUUUUUAGGGAUUUUUUUUGUUUUUAAUGCAGUCCUUUUUCCUUCUUUUCUGGAUCUAUUUUUGCAUCAAAAAUUAGAACCCAAUGCCUAAUUUUUCUUUUCUUUUUUUUUUUUAAAUCGUUUUUAUUUUUAUUUUUAUUUUUUAAAUAAUGCAUGUCGAAAGGACUAAAUCAUGAGUAUCUGCAGGUGCAGCAAUACAGAUCCUGGAGUACUGUGAAGCCUAUUGGCCAGAGCAAAUGCGCGACGCUGACGUCAUUGCUCAGCAUUGGCACUGACGUCUGCAUGAAGGUGGGAAAGCAGUAUUACAUGUGUAGCAAAUAAGAGGGGUGAUAUUUCCCUGCUAUUUUUUUUCCUCUUUUUUUUUUUUUUUUUUUUUUUUUUUUUGGGUGAAAGUGGGGUUUUUUACACUUUGGCCUGAGAAACAUCAGCUCCUGAAGUAUGAAGUAAAUGGGUCCACCCUGCCUCUGCUUAAUUGACACAACCCGUACAAGAAGUGGAGACCACUCUGGUGCUAAGGCAGAGAAACUGUUGGGCAGGGCUUGCAAGUGUACCUGGACCAAGAGCAUCUCACCAACUUAUUUUUUUUUUUUCAUGGUUUUUGGUUUCUCAUUAACUUGGCAGUCCUUUUUUAAAUAUUCUGUUUUUCUAUUUCUCUUAUUUGUGUGUCUUUAUUUUGUUUGUUUGUCAUUGGGGACGAACCCUACCUCUUAUAAAUCCCGGGUUCAUGUUACUGUAAGCAGAACGUAUGUGGAAUGUGUAUGCACCUGUGGGCAAAGAGCAAUGGACAGAGUGGUGAGAUACUUUGAGUGAUUCCAGUGACUGAGGGCUCGUACGGAGACUCUUUGCCUCGGACUGGCAAAGGUUUAUGGACUCCUCCUGAGGAGAGUACGGCGCCUCUCACCACCUUUAGUAACUGCAUCUUUCUCUGUCAUUAAUCUCUUUUUCUGUGCAAAGUAUCUCCAAGGAGCCUGCAACGCUCACCUGUGUAUAAAAGACCGGAUAUGUCUCAGUUUAAAACUGACUUUGUUUCAUAAGUCUCCAUAAAGAGAGAGACGGAUUUUAAACACUGCACUGGUGAUCUGUUGGACGUUCCUUGACCUGUAAAUGCGUACACACAGUAUCGACACGUGAUGUCGUGUAUGGUUAUA